UGUAUUCGACAUUGACAUUAUUGUCACUUUUGGCUGUAAUUGUCAAAUAAUCUUCAAAUUUCGAAAAUUAACAAUGAAAAUUCCCAAUAAUUUUAGAAUAAACUGAUGUUCUUUCUUCUCGUUUCUAUGUAAAACAAGCAUAGGCUAUCAUAAUUCACCAUGGGAAUAGUGCAUGCAAAGGCCCCACAUCCUCCAAAAUAUCCCUUAGAUGAUCCCCCUUUGAUGUCGUUUGCCCCGAAUCCUGACGAUCUACCGAAGUAUAACUCCGAACAAGGCGAACCGGACCCAAAUGCUAAAGAUAUUAUAAUAGAAGGGGUUUCAGCUAGAGUAGAUAAAAUACAUAUUGAUGGUCUAGAACGAACCAAAGACGAUUACGUACAAGACUGUUUUGAUGACCUAUUCUCUGCAACAACGUUUCAGGAUGUGCUCAUUGGGGCUCACCGAGCUCGUUUAAAACUGGAAGAACUUGGUUGUUUUAAAAAUAUAGCUGUAUUUGUUGAUACAAGUAAAGGAGUAGGAAGUACACCUGAAGGUUUGGAUGUAACUUUUAAUGUUAAAGAAUAUAGAAGAUUAACAGGAGGUGUAAGUACCCAUAUAGGAGACAAUGAAGGCUCUUUAUUAGUAGGUAUGAAAGCUCCUAAUAUUUAUGGUAGAGGAGAAAAAGUUCAAGUGGAAUAUAGUCAUGGUUCAAAAAAAAAUACUCAAUUUAGUUUGGCUUUUAUAAAACCACUUAAAGGGAAAUUUCAUCCUAUAAUCACUGCCAGUGUUUUCCAAAAUCAUUCCGAAUUUGAUGCCUCAGGAUUCCGAGAAAGGGGUAGAGGAAUUUUAUUAGAUUUGGGUUUUCAUUCUUUUCCUUUAGUAAAACAUAAUAUUCAGUGGGAGGGUAUUAUAAGAGAGUUAGGUGUGGCUGGAAAAUCUACAUCAUUCGAGGUUAGAGAACAGUCUGGAGCAACUUUGAAAUCAGCUUUAAGGCAUAUUGUUUCUACAGAUAUGAGGGAUGAUAAUAUUUUUCCUACUGGUGGGACUUUAAUUCAAAACACUACAGAAAUAGCUGGUUUGGGUGGUGAUGUUGGAUUCUGGAAAAAUGAUGUGUUUCUUCAAUCCAAUAUUUCCCUGUAUGAGGAUAUUGUUCUGCAAAGUUGCUUUGGUUUUGGACUUAUGAGGGGUAUAGGCAAUGACAUGAAGAUAGGCCUUUCUGAUAUGUUCUACCUUGGUGGCCCAUUAUCCUUUAGAGGAUUUCAAACCAGAGGAGCUGGCCCCCAUUCUGAUGGAGAUGCCACUGGAGCCCUUGGAUAUUGGGCUGCUGGUCUCCACCUUUUCACCCCAUUACCUUUCCGACCAGGAAGCGGUGGGCUUGGUGAAUUGUUUAGAACACAUUUCUUUGUCAAUACAGGAAACAUAGGAGAAUUUCAACCUGCAGAAGGAGAACCAAUCACUACAGUUUUAGGAAAUAACCUACGACUAUCUUAUGGUAUUGGUCUUGCCCUUCGACUAGGAAACAUGGCGAGAAUAGAAUUGAACUACUGUGUUCCACAGAUAUUCGACGAGAAUGACCUUACACAACCAGGGAUACAGUUUGGUAUUGGAGUUAGAUUUUUGUGAACAUCUGAUCAAUCAGUCUAGUAUUAACAAUUUGCACUAUUUGUACAAAGUGGCAAAUGUGGGUAUAACUUUUACCUUUUUGAAAUUUAUGUAUUGUAGAAGUUAUUAAUAAAGUUGUUAACUUUA